UUUUAAUGUAUUUAUUUUAUUUGUUUAUUAUAAAAGAAAUUAAAAGAAAGAAGUCAUUUUCCAUAUAGAUGUUGUGUUUAUAUCAAAAGCAGCCAAACCAGAAGUAUUUUUCAAAUAUACUUUUUAUUUGGAGGCAAAGUGAAGCAACACAUUACACACCAAACCAAACCCAUAAAGCUCUCUCUCUCUCUUUCUCUUCAAUUCAUUACAUUCACUACCCCCUUCUCAGUCUCAAGUCUCUUUCUCUCAAACAAACUUCUCUUCUUCGUCUCUUGAAAAACAAUAUUCGCGAAAAAAAAAAAAAAAAAAAAAAAAUCAAGAACCUCUGUAAGUAUACCUAAUAACCUCAUUACUAAGCAAGGUUAGGUGAAAGACAACAACCUUAAACACCACAGCAUUCUAUUUUCUUACAUUUGGGGUUCACUUUCUUGGAUGCAUUAUUGCUAAAUGAAUGUCUAGCUACUGCAAGUGAUUUCUUUUGUGGGGUUUAUCUCUUUUGGGGCGGAAAGAGAAAGAAGGAAGACCUGAAUAAAAUGCAGCUGCAUAUAUCGCCGAGCUUGAGGCAUGUUACCCUGUUGCCUUCAAAAGGUGUUAGGGAGUUUAUCAAAGUGAAGAUUGGCUCCAGAAGAUUGUCUUAUCGCAUGGUCUUCUACUCCGUUUUGUUCUUCACUUUCCUUCUCCGGUUCGUGUUUGUUUUGACUGCUGUGGAAACCAUUGAUGGAGAAACUAAAUGUUCCAGUUUAGGUUGCUUGGGGAAAAGAUUGGGACCGAGAAUCUUGGGAAGAAGACUCGAAUCUACCGUUCCUGAAGUGAUAUAUCAAGUACUGGAAGAACCUGUUACUCAAGGUGAAAUUCAAACAGGUCCAGAAAUUCCUCAAACCAUGGAAGAUUUUGUAGCAGAGAUUAAGGAUGAAAGACCUGAUGCCAAGACUUUUGCGGUCAAGCUCAAAGCAAUGGUCACACUACUCGAACAGAGGACAAGAACUGCAAAAAUCCAGGAGUACCUGUACCGCCACGUGGCAUCGAGCAGCAUACCUAAGCAGCUCCACUGCCUCACUCUAAAACUAGCAAACGAGCACGCCAUUAACGCCAACGCUCGUCUUCAGCUUCCCUUGGCAGAAUUAGUCCCGGCACUCGUUGAUAACUCGUUCUUUCACUUUGUCCUAGCAUCUGACAAUGUUCUCGCCACCUCAGUCGUUGCAUCGUCACUCGUGAAAAACUCGUUGCGCCCAGAAAAGGUAGUUCUCCAUGUAAUAACGGACGGAAAGACCUAUUAUCCGAUGCAGGCUUGGUUCUCUCUCCAUUCUCUAACACCUGCAAUCAUUGAGGUCAAAGCUUUGCACCAUUUUGAUUGGUUCACAAAGGGGAAGGUACCCGUUUUGGAAGCCAUGGAGAAGGACCAAAAAGUGCGGUCACGGUUCAGAGGAGGGUCGUCGGCUAUUGUGGCGAAUAACACAGAGAAACCAAAUGUAAUUGCUGCAAAGUUGCAGGCACUAAGCCCAAAGUACAAUUCUUUGAUGAAUCACAUACGUAUACAUUUGCCAGAAUUGUUUCCAAGUCUCAACAAAGUAGUGUUCCUAGAUGAUGACAUUGUUGUCCAAACUGACCUUUCGGCUCUGUGGGACAUUGACAUGAAUGGAAAAGUCAACGGUGCAGUCGAAACAUGCAGAGGAGAGGACAAAUUCGUGAUGUCAAAGAGGUUCAAAAGCUACCUGAACUUCUCCCAUCCUCUGAUAGCAAACAGCUUCAAUCCAAACGAAUGCGCAUGGGCCUACGGCAUGAACAUAUUCGAUCUAGAAGCUUGGAGAAGGACAAAUAUAAGUCGAACAUACCAUUUCUGGCUCGAAGAGAAUCUGAAAUCGGACCUCAGUUUAUGGCAACUAGGAACUUUACCUCCAGGCCUAAUAGCUUUCCAUGGUCAUGUCCACGUCAUCAAUCCCUUCUGGCACAUGCUGGGAUUAGGGUACCAGGAUAACACAACCAUUGCAGAUGCUGAAAGUGCUGGAGUCGUCCAUUUCAACGGCCGAGCAAAGCCUUGGCUGGAUAUAGCAUUUCCACGGCUUCGCCCUCUGUGGACCAAGUACGUUGACUUCUCAGAUAGAUUCAUAAAAAGCUGCCACCUAAGAGAAUCUUAGAAAAUAUUCAACAAUGAAAACUUCUUUACCCUCUUUAUAUACUUGUAAACGAGAGGUAGCAGGACACCCAUGGAAAGUUCUGCAAAAGAAGUAUAGAGAAUCUAUGUGCAGGGAUGAUAACAGCCCCAGGCUUCAAAUUUUGGGAACUCUUACUCGGUUCCAAGUUCUUACAUGUAUCACAGUUCAUUCAUUUUUUUUGCUUCCGAACAUAUAUCAUGAUUCAUGGGGCAAUUCACAUGUAAACAUUAGAAUAAAGUUAAACUGGAUUAAAGUUCAACAAUCAUAAUUGAUCAUCAUGGUUCAUCGGAUACAAGUUAAAAGUUCAACAAUCACAAACUGAUCUCCAUAAUUCACCAGACCCAAAUAAGACAGUCGACCAAAAAC